AUGACCCUCGCUGACCAGCUCCUGCCAGUCCAGAGUCAGGUGAGGACAAAGGUCCCCAAUCGCUUCUCUCUUGGCCCCGGCCAGGGCUGGACUGUUUAUCCUGGAAUCUUUAGCCAGAUGCUGAUGGAGCAGGAGGAGGAAGAGAAGGAGGGAGGGGGAGGGGGGCUGCCUCUGGCUGAGCUACUGAAAUGCCCAGAGCUCACCCCGGGAGCCCAGGAAGGGGGCUGUGGGAGCUAUGUCAGGGGCUUGGAGUCCACUCCUAGUAAGACAAGCUAUCCCCAGAAAGACGAAGUGCCCAAGGGGACAAGAAGAUGUGUCAAACUCAGCAUGGAGGAUAACAGUUCAGCCCCUGAGAUCCAUGGAGAAAGUACCUGUCCCCUCCUUGAUGAGCAGCCCCCCAGAAAUAAAUUGCCACAACUCUGCUCUGUUUGCUGGGGCCUGGCUCUCAUCCUGCACGUCUCCUUAUUCGUUACCUACUCCCAGCGAGUGGACCUAAGCAUCGCCAUCAUUGCCAUGGUGAACAGCACGGGCCAGGAGACAGUUCUCAAUGUCUCUGCAGAUGUGUGUCCUUCACCUUCUCCUGUUCCCCAAAACACAUCACAGCACAGAGAGGUCAAGGCCCCUGUCUACAACUGGACCCCUGAAACUUGUGGAUUCCUCUUGAGUUCUUUUUCCUACGGCUACCUCAUCACACAGAUCCCUGGGUACCUCACAGGAAUUGUAGGCUGGAAGCCUGUGCUAGGCACUGGGAUGCUCCUUUCCUCCAUCCUCGGCCUCCUCCUACCCUCAGUGGCAGAGCUUGGUGUGGUUUAUCUGGCCCUCAUCCAGGCUUUGUAAGGCUUCUCUCAGGGUGUGAUAUUCCCAGCCUAUUACACUCUCUGGACAAAGUGGGCCCCACCUCAGGAACUCACCUGCCUCGUGAAUUUUUCAGAUGCUGGCUCCACACCAGGGACUUUCUUCACCCUGAUGGUGGGAGGCAUCACCUGCCAGACCCUGGGGUGGCCCACCUUCUUCUACAUCUUCGGAGGUGUCAGCUGUGCCUGGUGCCUGCUUUGGUUCUUCCUGGUGUUUGAAGAUCCCGAGAGUCAUCCUUACAUCAGCACCACAGAGAAGGACUACAUCACAUCGGCUUCAACCCAGAGGGGCUCCUGCCACAGCUGGUCACUGCCUCUCCUCUCCAUGCUGAAAUGCGGGCCACCGUGGGCCAUUUCAGUCACCUCUUUCUGUUGUGACUGGCUCUUCUACACACAGCUGACCCUGCUUCCUGUGUACUUGAACCACAUCCUUCACCUGGACACCAGAGAGAUGAGUUUUGCCAUGAGUGGCUUCCUGAGUGCCCCUCCAUACAUUGGAAACUGGCUGGGUCACAUAGGCACAGGGCUCCUGGGAGACUUCUUGGUAGCCAAGAGCCUGCUCCAGCUGCCUACAACAAGGAAACUCUUCACAGCUCUAGGAAAUGCUGUCCCUUGUCUUUCCCAACGAAUGCUGUGCCCAGCAGCGCUGGUGCUCAGGGUCUCCUACAUCGGCUGCAAUUACAUCUCUGCUGUCAUCCUGUUCACUCUCUCAAUGACCCUCAUCAGCAUGACUGGUGCAGGAUUUGCCAUGAAUCUCCUGGAUGUGGCCCCGAGGUAUGCAGGCUUUCUAUGUGGAGUCAUUAACACACUGAGCAGUCUCUCAGGAAUGGCGGCACCCACUGUGGCUGGAUUCCUCAGCAGUCGGGACACCCUGUCUGGUUGGAGGCAUGUCUUCAUCUUGUCAGGAGCCAUUAACCUAUUUGGGGUGAUCUUCUACCUCAUCUUUGGCCGAGCAGAUACCCAGGACUGGGCUAGAGUAGACAGCACCCCAUGAGGAUGGGAGCCUCCCACCCAGCCAGUCGCUGUGAGGGAAGAGAAAGAGAGUAAAGAGACUUGGAUGCGUAAUCAAUGUUUGUGGAUUGAUUGAUUGCUAAGGCAACUGCAACUGACUUGGUGUGGAACAUUGGCCAAGUUACUUCCUUCCUCUCCCAUCUGUAAAACAAGAGGAUAGGUACAUUCCUCCUCCAGCUAUAUGAGAGGGAGAGUGAAGAUGUGGGAUGUCACACAUUGCAGUCGGGCAUGAUCCUGGGCAGUAAAAUCUGCUUGACUGUUCCUUUUUGUUUUCAGGGAGGCUUCAAGGCAGAGGGGAGGAUAUUAGGGAAUGAC